CGGCUCGGGCCCGCGAGCCCAGCGAACCACAGUUCCCUUUGGCGGAAGAGGCUCCCGGCCCCACCAUGUCCGAUUUCCUGGUGUCGGCGCUGCUGGCGCCCUCGCGGGCUGCGCUGAGGCUGAUUCGGUUCUUCAUGUGGCUACUGGUGUACGGGGGCGCGUGCUUGGCUGCUCUCGUGUAUUUACUGAAGGCCCUGGGCCACGUGCUGCGGCACCCGAGGCGAGGCUGCUGCGGUCAGCCCCGCCGCAAAGCCCCGUCGUGCCUUCAAGACCCCUGCUUCGGACAGCACCAUUUCCUUCACCUCAAGACCUCUGGCUUGCGUCUACAUUAUGUCUCGAGGGGUCAAGGUCCACUGAUGCUGCUUCUCCAUGGCUUCCCUCAGAUCUGGUUUUCCUGGCGAUACCAGCUUAUGGAGUUCUGCCAUGAUUUCCAUGUGGUAGCACUGGACUUGAGGGGCUACGGGAGCUCAGAUUCACCAACCAACCUUAACAGCUACACCAUUGAUGCCCUGACAACAGACAUCAAAGAUGCUAUUGAGGCUCUAGGUUACUCCAAAUGUGUCCUGGUGGCCCAUGACUGGGGUGGAAUCUUGGCCUGGAAUUUUGCCAUCUACUACCCGAGUUUGGUAGAGCGCCUGGUGGUGGUGAGCGCUGCCCCUAUGUUUGUUUACCAAGAGUAUGCUCUGCACCAUCCCAGCCAGCUCUUGCGCUCCGGUUAUGUGUUCCUGUUUCAGCUACCCUGGUUACCUGAGAAGCUGCUUUCUAUCUCUGACUUUCAGAUCCUCAAGGAUGCCAUGACCCAUCCUAUGACCGGAAUCCGUGGCCUUACAGAUGAUGAGCUAGAGGCCUUCCUGUACAGCUUCACCCAGAACCACGGCCUUAUUGGCCCCCUCAACUACUACCGAAAUCUUUUCAGUCACUUUCCACUAGAGCGUCAGGAGCUGACAACACCAACAUUGUUGUUAUGGGGGGAGAAAGACCCAUACCUGGAGGCUGGACUUGUGGACAGUAUUAACAGAUACUUUGUGCCAGGCCGCCUGCUGUCCUAUGUCCUUCCUGAUGCUGGCCACUGGAUCCCCCAGGCACAGCCAGAGCAGAUGCAUCACUACAUGUGGGCCUUUUUAAAGAGGUUCAAGGCAUAGUCAUGACUCUUCCUCCAGACAUGAACAUUCUGGUUUUCUGCUCCCACCAAAGCUCACUCAGGACACAGGAAGAAAUGGAGCAGUACUUGAAGCAAGCCAGCUUUUGACUGGAAUGUGGAAGCAUCCUCCCUCUCUAACUCCUAUGGUUUAUGCUUCUUUCCACGUUUCCCCAUAGAUGCCCAACGUAAUCAUCCCCACCCUUAGUACUUAUAUUGUCCUUCCUGUAUCCCCUCAAUUCCUGGCUGGCUGGCCCCAGUUGAGCCCCUGUUAAAUUCUGGAAGCUCUUUUCUCACUGCUACAGAGAAAGGAUCUCCUGUGGAAAGAAAGGGUCCACUGUAACUGUGGACAGAAAUGUGCCCAGAAAUAAAUCUCCCAUUCCCUGUCCUACUGUAGGCCUCUUUCCUUCCGUCUGGGGCCUCAGCUCAAGGACAGUUUGGGAUCAGGGGCAGGGCGCUCCCCAAUGCCUUUGCUUUGUUCUUUGAGACAGUGAGAAACCUGUUUCUCUCUGGAGCUUCUUUGGAUUGCCCAUUGUCCUGGGUGCUUAGGUUCAUUCUUCCUGGGCCUGCCCUGUACCUUUCCUUGUCCCUGUUUCUUAGGACUUUUACUUUUCAGCAUAGCAAGAAAAGCAGACCAGAGGCCAGGAGUAUUGAAAGAAGGACCUUUAAGAACUCCCCCUCCUACAGAAGUAGCUGGAAUGAUAUAGGAGAAAACCACAUGUGAAAGGGAGAACUAUGGAGUGAGGUAGAGAAAAGGAUGGAUUAAUGUCAGAGAUGGAAGUGAAUUGAGAGCACUUGGAGCCCUUGGUCACCUUGAUUAUGUAAUUUACCCUAUAGUUUAAAAGUGCAAAAUGGAGCUCAUUUGAGUUUCCCCAAAUCACCCCUCUUCUGGCUAGGGAAUGACAAGGGCCAGUUGGAAGGAGGAAGUUACAGGGAAUAUCAGAGAUCCCUGAAAGGGAUAAUGGUUACGUAACAGAACAGGGCUAGAAGGUAAUGAAGGGACCACAAGAAGGUAUUUGAGCUUCAGUGGGAAGAAAAAUCAAGUGGAGAGUAUCUAAGUUAUCUGAAAUUCCUGCUUGAGAACUUCACCCAGAAGAGUCUGGAACAGCUCUUGUUUCUAUUAGGUCUUGACAGAAGAGUACUAUUUUCCAGUGAAGGGCCACUGAGUGAGAUUCUCAUCAUGAAAAUCAUAUUAUGGGCCAACCACAAUAAAUUUAGCCUUGCUUAGGCAUUCAUAGUACAAGAAACAGGCAUGACAAAUAUUUGUCAUUAAAGCUUUGAAGACUGCCAACGAAAGUGACAAAGGACUUGAAGACCGUGCUUCAAGCCAGUAUAAAGACAAGAUUUUUCCAUUGCACAGAGUUUGGGGCUAUGCUAGUACCAAGUAGCCAUGUGUUUCCACAAAAUACAUAUUCUGUGUCCUAAAGAAGAUGAAAAGGCUGGAGGAAAGCAUCUCCACUCCAAAGGUUUCAGGAAGAGUGAAAUCUUUCUUGAAAGAAUGGAAGAAAUACUUCCAAGAAGAAACACAAAGGAAUACUGAUGAUCAUCAAAAAGUUUCAAGGUGGAAGAAUAUGAUACAAGAGAAGAAGGGUCACAGCGGUGAUUGGUACCUCUUCCCAUAGAGGGGACAACUGGACCAUCUCUCGGGAGGAAGCAGUUUCUUGUGCCCCAAGUGACUGAUACCAUCUGAAGAGAGAUUUUGUAGUGAUUGUGCCUGAUAUUCUUAAGUGGCAGCCCUGAUGGCCAGUACCCAUUCAUGACAGUUCAUGUGGAAAUAAAUGAUAUUUUAAUAAUGAACCUAAAAGGUAUUCCUAAAGAUUACGUAGUCACAUACAAGAAAAUGAAGAGUUUAGGGCACAGGUUAUGCCUUCAUCACGGUUGCCACGGAUCUGUAUUGGAGCAGCAGAGGUGCCCCCAUGUCUCUUUUUUCCCCCCAUAUCUCUUGCAAGCUGGAAGUGAGUUACACCAUCCCUUAAUUGUUUCCAGAACCAUGGAUUCCACUGUUACUGUCUCAGGGUAUUGAAGGUGUUGGGUGACACGAUGGCACAUAAGUCUUCGAUGCCAAAAGAAGUAAAAAAGAAAGUGCAAGAAGGCUGUGUUCUGCCUGAGUAAAGACACAAAGAACAUUGCACUGGAGAAGGGUCAAGAGACCCUUGUAGGUAAUUAAUGUGAGACAAACUGCACUAAUUCACUUUUAUCAAGAUUCUUCCAGACACGGCCUAUCAUUAUAAAUUUUAUGAUAUUAUCUGUGAGACCACGGAAAAUAAGAAAGAGGCCCUGGUGUUCAUUUUCUGGGCAGCUGAGUGUCCACUCGUGAAAAGCAAAGUCACCUAUGUAAGUUCAAGGAUGCUGUCAAGAAGAAAAAGCAGGAAUCAAGUAUGCAUUUUAAAGUUUUUAAUUGCCAGUUGAAAGUAGGGGCUUCUGAAGAGAGUCUGGUCUGAGGAUACACACAACUAAGAAAAUAGAAUCUGAGACUGGAAUUUUACUUCUUUGAUCAUGGCUUAAACUAUAGGAAGGAUAGUCUACUCACAAGAGAUGGGAUUAAACCUAACGUUAUUUGGAAA